UUUGCGCAGUGGAGGUGGAUUACGACCAGGAGUGACCUAUCCUAUCUUGGAGUUGGAAGACCGUAAUGCUUACUUUUCCUUUUAUUUUGACCUAUAUUUACAGGUAACGCGUUCAUUUGUUGAUGAGUACUUCUGUCCGUUUGCACCUCCAACUUGUUGGACGCCAUUAAACCCAUUUUCCCCAUUCACCUGCUGUCUGUUUUACUAUCGACAGCACUUCCGUAUAGAGAAUCAUGGCUGGUUCCGAACCGUCAGAGAACCAGAAAUUCUGCUUACAGGAGGUGCUCGACACGUUUAAGUUGUGUCUUUCGGACAGCAAAGAAGUCUAUCUGGAACACUACGUCGCUGGAUGGCGAGGCCUUAUAAAGUUUCUCAACUGCUUGGGGAGUGUCUUCGGCUUCAUUUCUAAGGAUGCCGUCAACAAGAUCCAGAUCCUGGUCAACUACCUCAAUGGGGAAAAUGGCCCUCACUACGUCACCAUGCAGUCCAUGGUCAAAUACGAGCUGGAGAAUGACCUGGUGGAUCUGACCAAGAGAGGUAGCCACUCAGAGUCCGGCUGCCGCACUCUGCUGAGGCUCCACCGUGCGCUGAGGUGGCUGGAGCUCUUCCUGGAGCGCCUCCGCACCAGCACAGAGGACAGCAAGACGUCCAACAUGUGCUGCGAGGCCUACAACGAGUCCCUGGCCCAGCACCACCCGUGGGUUAUCCGUAAGGCCGCCGGCAUGGCGUUCUGCGUGCUGCCCGGGCGCGCGGCUUUCUUUGAAGUGAUGAACGUGGGGACCCCCGAGCAGGUGGUCGCCAUGCUGGGAGAAGCCCUGCCACUCAUCUCUGAGGUGUACCAGAUCACAGAAGAACUUUAUAAGGAACACAACAUGCUAGACCUGCCGUAGAGCCCCUGUACAUGAAAUUAAAAGCUGCGACCGGCCCCUGCUGUAGGGCCGCAAAGCCUGCUGCUACUCCCCUUUGAUAAUGCUGACAUCUGCGUUAUGUCCCAUUCUGACUGAUUGUAAUGAGACACAGCGGAAGCCCCUUCAUUCCGAUUUUCAGCGUAUUUCUGCUUGUUUGUCUUUGUGCCGCUGUAACGCACCCCUUUAAAUUCUCUUUCCCUUCAACAUCUCUUUGUACAUUGAGUGGUUUUUAACUCGAAUAGAUAGGAUGACAGUGGGGCACUGUUUAAAGAUGAUUGAAUAAGUCAUUCAACCAAAAACAAGCUGAAGUUUGUCAUCUGGAUGUUCAACAGGGGAUGUAACCGUCCUGUGAUUAAUUAUGGUCAAGUGUUUUAUCAAUUUCUCAAUACUUCAUUAAAGGUUGUGAUUGCACUGCUUUCACAUAUCAACAGGGCAUUUACAUUGAUUGAAUUUGAAAUGAUUACAUAUUAUUAUUAAGAUAAUAACUGGCAUAUUGACACACUUUAUCAUUGUAUCCAACUGUUAUCAGAGAACACACAGUUAUGUUUAUCUUGUUAAAGGGUAGGAUUUAAAGGGGAUUUUUCUGUCAGUGUGUACAGAUGAUGUACAGGUUUUGGGGAAAGCUAUUGUAGAUCAACAAAAUGCACAACAAAUGGUUCAUUAUUUAUCUGUACAUUUAGUGUUUUGUGAUUGUAUGUUAUGAAAUCAAACUUUUUUUCAGUCAAAGAGAAAGAGUGCAAUUUAUUAGCUUUUUUCUACUUGGUUUGCAGUUUCUAUUUUGAUGCAUCUGAUUUAUUUCAUCAUUUUGUCCUUUGAGUUUAGUUUUUUAGUUAUUUUAUAAAUAUUGUCUGUUGUAUGUCACAGCAGUGGGGUGAGUAUGAUAUUUACUCCCAAUGGUAAUGUGUCCGUUAAGUCCAGUGUUAAUUAAACACGUCAACCACUUUUUU